CUUCGAGAAUAUAAAGGACAUGGUGGAAAACUAGAACUAGGGUUUAUACACAUCGGCGCAGGCUUUCGUCUAUCUUCUGGAAAUCGAAAAUGGUGAAGGGACGUCAAGGUGAACGCGUCAGACUCUACACCCGAGGAACGAUUCUCGGCUACAAAAGGUCGAAAUCGAACCAGUAUCCGAACACAUCGUUGGUUCAAAUCGAAGGAGUGAACACGAAAGAUGAGGUAUCAUGGUAUCAAGGGAAACGUAUGGCGUACGUCUACAAAGCAAAGGUGAAGAAGAACGGAUCACACUAUCGUUGCAUUUGGGGAAAAGUUACCAGGCCUCAUGGGAACACCGGUAUUGUUCGUGCUAAGUUCACCUCCAAUCUCCCUCCUAAAUCCAUGGGGUCGAGGGUCAGAGUGUUCAUGUACCCAAGCAACAUUUAAGUUUGAGCAGGAAGAAGGAAGUAAAGUCUGUUUUUCAAGUGGUUUUUGUCAACAUAUUGCCUGAACUUCAGAAUUUCUUUAGUCUUUUUGUCAAAGGCAAAUCCUCUUUUUGAGUUGUAGUACAAUUUUCUUCAUCAUUUUAGUUUUAUUUGAGAAUUUACAGUUGUUUUUAA